CGCGCCAAACGAACGACAUGUCGCAUCCAACAGCAGCGAUCAAUAAGACAUUGUUCACGAGCCAUGGAAGGUGGUCAAUGGCACAUCUCAACAUCUCGGGCAGGAUGUCAGCUGUCAGCUCCGCCGCCAUGACCGGCCGAUCACUCCCCUUACUGUGCCGUGGCCGCACCUACGCCGCGGUCGCUAGACCAUCUGUAUCGACAUCAGCCUGCUCCGCGCGUCUUGCGUUCCGCCAGCCCAUCAAGUACCAUUUCGGUAUGCAGUACCACAUCACCCGCAUACUCCACCCUGAAAUCAAGCCUACGCCGCUAUUCCUCAACUUCGAGGGAAGGCAGUCUUGGGAAGGGAAGGAGAUCUCGCAGGCACCAAGAACGGCGACAUCUCUCGCGCAGGAUAUCAACGGUGUAGACCAGGAAUCAAGCAUCGUUGGCGACAAGGUUCGCUCCUUGACACCACGUGAGCAGAUUUACAACAUCCCGAAUAUUCUCACCGCAUCCCGCUUGAUCGCUGCGCCUUUUGUUGGAUAUCUGGUGUUGCACGAGCAGCACAAAUGGGCUCUCGCUCUUUUCGCAUAUGCAGGCAUCACUGACUUGGUCGACGGAUGGAUUGCCCGCAAGUACAAGCUGCAGACUGUUGUCGGUAGUGUCAUCGAUCCUAUGGCCGACAAGUUCUUGAUGACCAUUCUGACUGUCACUUUGUCUAUGAAUGUAUAUCUGGCAACCCUGAUUCUGGGACGUGAUGUGUCACUUGCAGUGGCUGCUCUCUAUUGGAGAUAUGCAUCUCUGCCAGCGCCAAAGACCUUUAAGCGCUACUGGGACUUCUCACUACCGUCUGCUGAGGUGCACCCUACAACUAUGAGCAAGUACAACACUUUUCUACAACUGCUGCUGAUUGGUGCCACCUUGGCAUAUCCUGUCAUCACAGCCGACAACCACCAUCUAGGCAUGAUGCACGACAUUGGUCUUGAGAAACUCGACCUCGCUCAGUUCAUGACCUACUUUCAGAUUCUGGUGGCUGGAACCACAGCAUGGAGUGGACUCAGUUAUGCCUUCCUCAAGGAUGCUGUCAAAAUACUGGGUAAGGAUGAGCAGCUGAAGCUUAAGCAGGGAAGAAGAGGUAGAGCGAUCAUCGGCGUCACUUUUGGCAGUGUCGUCGUCGCGGCUGCGUACUUGGCCUUGACCAAGGAUCUGCCAAAGAAGAAGGAGGAGGGAACGAUUGCU